AUGGUCAAGACUCCGAAGAGAGACACCAAGAAUGCUUGUUCUCCCCAGAACGACCCCGACACAACACCCAUCCGACGCCAUGCAUUGAUCGAGACUCGUCACCACGGAGAGUCAAAGCCGGGAAAUAUACCGACGCCCAUUUCUCUCCAUACAAAAACCCUCCUAGGUGUCGUCACUGAAUCAGCCCAUACAAAUCGAUCAAUACUCGCAGGAACUCAGGUACUUGUGAGUAAACAGGGUCUCACGAAAGAUCAUCGUUCAGGGUCCUUGUACAACCAGCUGCAAAACAAGCACUUCUUCGGACCUAUUCACCAACGGCACCUGAAGAUUCAGUCCGGGUCCUAUCCAGAUUUGAUGCGAGGGCCUAUAGCUAGCUAA